UUUGGGCCCGCUUCGCAGUCUUGCGAGUGAGUUUGAAGCAUCGUGUCUGUGUUGUGUGUGACCAAUAAAAUAUAUGACCUUUCCCGCGUCGAGCGCGCUCGCGAGCCUGAGUGCCAGUGCGUGUUGUGUACUCGACCAGUGAGCCGUGCAGUGACAAUGGUGGUGAAAAUAAGCAAAGUGCCUUUCGAGGAAGCCCUUAAUAUGACGGGCUUCAGCAAAUUCAACCUGCUGAUGUUCAUGCUGUGCAGCAGCGUGAUCGUCGCGAUGGUGUUCGAGAUAUACUCCGUAUCCUACCUGGUGCCAGCCAGCGUCUGCGAGCUGGACACUACCAGCACCCAGCAGGGGCUAAUGGCUGGACUGCCUUUAAUAGGUGUAAUAACCACAUCACAUAUUUGGGGAUACCUGGCUGACACCAGGGGCAGGAGGAAGAUCCUGUGCGUCUCUAUGACCAUUGGUUUCGUGGCUGGAGCUGCAGCAGCACUAUCUCCCAACUGGAUAGUCCUGAGCAUCCUCAAGUUCUUAUCUUCUGCCGCAGUGUCAGGGUCAUCGGCAAUCGCCCUCGCGCUACUCAGCGAAUGCACACCAGCAUCCAGGAGAAGUACACUGCUGUUACUGACCACCAGUGCGUUCCUGUCCUGCACUGGAAUCAUGGCGAUUCUAUCAAUACCAAUAUUACCUAUGAAGUUCGCAUUCUACAUUCCUUACCUGGACAUCCACUUCAACUCCUGGCGUCUUCUGAACUUGAUCUUCUGCUUGCCGUGUCUCCUGAACGCUUUUGGAGUCGUCUGUGCCUAUGAAAGUCCUAAAUACUUGCUAAGUAAAGGCGAAGACAAGAAAGCCCUAGAAAUAUUGAAGGGAAUCUUUGAAAUGAACAGCGGAAAAAGUGGUGAUCUGUAUCAGGUUAGCUCAGUGGUACUCGACGAGGACAACGCGUCAACAACUUCCAAAGGCUUCUUGGCAACUCUUGCGGCACAGAUCUUCCCGAUGUUCAAACCUCCUCUACUGAAGAACACCUUACUCCUAGGAUUCAUGUUCAUCUUAGUCUUCACUUGCAUCAACUCGUUCAUUGUCUGGCUGCCAUUCAUGGUUGACGCCUUCAUGUCGUCGGUGGAAAAAGGAUUCACUGAAAUGACUAUGUGCGAAAUGAUCAGGCUGGCUAGGAAUUCCACGCAAACUGAAGAGAACACCGCCUGUACGAUGAACCGAACUGCGAUGACGAUGGUGUUUGGGAUCAGCAUCAUGCUAGCGGUUCUGAACGCUGUGGCUAGCGGAGUCAUUAACUUUAUCGGAAAACGGCGGCUGUUCAUAGGCAUCCAGAUUCUAUCAGGAUUGGCAGGUAUCCUGAUCAACGUGAGCUCUAUCUGGCCUCUCAGCGCUGUCCUGUUCAUCAUGCUUCUCACUGACGUCAUCAACUUCGGCUUCCUCUCCGCUUUCGCUGUUGACCUCUACCCUACUUAUGUCAAGGCAAAGGCCGUGUGCCUAAUGGUGAUGCUGGGACGAGGUAGUACUAUACUCGGCAUCAAUGUUCUCAAGAACUUAAUAGAAAACAACUGUGAAGCUGCCUUCUACAUAUUCGGCGGAGUCACUAUUGCUGGUGGUGUCAUCGGUCUACUUCUACCAGCUGAUCCAAGUCUCUUCAAUCAAAAGACUAAAAUAUAGUCUAGUAUUGCCUUAGUACAUCAAAUUGAA